AUGCCGCUCUGUAGUAUGACUCCAAAGGGAACAAAGAAGCCAAGAGACAUUCUGUGGUAUAGGGCUGAACCAUCUGGAGACCUUACUCAGCAACUGGUCCAAGAGCUCCUUGCUGGAAGAAGGGCACCACGUCCUGCGACCGUCUCCUCGGCGGGGCCUGGCAGGGGCCGGCGCAGGGCAGCAGGGCCUCGGCGGUGCUGCGACCACCCGGGGGCCUCCCCCUGCUCGUCCUCCUUCUCCCUGGACCAGCUGCAGAGUGUCAGCGGAAAGGCCGGGAAGAGGGGGGCUGAGGCCGGGGCUUGGCCCAAGGCCUGCGAGAGCAGCAGCAGCCUGCAGGACCGGGUGCAGACCGUCACCGAGGGGUGCAGCGGUGAGGAUGACAACGGGCAGGCGGAAAACCUUUACCCUGAUGGCCACUACCAGCGGAGGCCAAGAAGUGGCGCAUCCCCCCAGAGGCUCCGCGGUCUGGGUGACGAGAAGUACGAUUUUAUCCCUGAAAAGGAGAAGACAGCGAGUGCCCUGACGCUGUGCAGAUGCCAGGAGGAGCAGGACACGAAGGUGAGGCAGCUGCCGGCCUCUGAGGUUUGGGAUGAGGUGAGAAGGCAGGAGAAGAAACUCAGAUCCAGACGGGAGGAGAGGCAACAGCUGAUGGCGGAAAACCUGAAGAGAUGGCAGAGAGACCAGGAUCAAAGGAAGGCCAAACGCAGGCUGGAUGAGAAACGACUCUUGGAGGCCAGGCAGAAAGAAAUGAUGUUGCGAGAGAAUAAAUGGAAGAGACUGGCGCAGGAGGAAGAAACCAAGCGCAAGGCAAAACUUGAAAGAUCAAAGCUGCAAGCUGAGUACAGGAAAUAUUGUCAAGAAAAGCAGCUAAGAGAGAAAAAGAUCCUGGAGCAGGAUACUAGAGACUUGAAGUAUAAUCUGCUCCGAGACAAAAUGUCACGGGCUUGUGAGAAAAGGCUUUCAAAAGAAAUUGAAAGGAAGAAGAAGAGACAAGAGUUGAACCAGUAUGAAAUGACAAGACACAGACGCCUGAAAGAUCAAGUUGAUCACCAAGUCAAAGCUGAUGAACUUUGCAAGAGACACGCUAUAGAGCAAAAACUUCAAAGAUCUAAAGAAAUCCUUGAUCAGCUGAUGGAGGAAAGGAAUAGGGAAUCAAAACAAAAAGCUCUAAAGGAAGAAAAACGAAGUGUUAUGGCCAAAUUUAGAGCAAAAGAGACAGAGGAAGAAAGGAGAAGACGUAAAAGUAUGUUGCUGCAAAUAGCUGAGAUGAAAAUUCAGCAAGCUCAAGAAAUGCUGGCCAAAACUAUCCAACAGAAAGAAAUAGAAGAAGCCAUUAGAAGGCGAGAUCAGAAGAGUGAUCAAAUAUUAAGAGAUAAGGAAUCUGCUUCAGGAAAAGCUAGAAGAAUACCCACAACAUCUUAUGGCCUGGGACAAAAAGGUAUAAAAAAGCCAGAGCAGCAUGCAAGAGCUUUGAAGUGCCAUACCCAUCUGGAAGAAGAGUCUCUCUCCACGCAUUUUGAGCAACACAACUAUAGGCUUUUACCACCACCCCAUAGGAGGGGCAUGCCAAUAAUAGAGGAAGUGAAAAACAACAGAAGUGAUGAGAUCACAUCCAGAUACAACUCAGUGUCCCGAUGUAAAGCAAUAAAACUUGGCCUCCGGAUGCAUCAACAUUUUGGUUUGGAUCAGGAGCACACUUCUGAGCAGAAUUUACUGAUCAUCCCCACUUACCAGGGUUUUAGUCACCUUGCAGAGUGCUCUUGGAGGCCAAAACUGGAUUCCUUUCAGCUAAAACUCAAUUAG